GGGUGGGGACGCAGAGUCUGACGAGAUCAGACUGCUGCCCUAUCUGGCCCCGCGCGCGCCGGGGUCACGUGGCCCCUCGGAGAAUGGGGAGGGGCGGGCGAGCCGGCGGCCCCACAGCUCUCGGGAGUCUGGAGCGCCCGCGGAGCCAUGCUGCGGAGCUGCGCCCUACGACUGCGCACGCCCGGGCUUGUGCGCUGCCUGCGGGGAGGCGCGCCUCUGCCUGCGAGGGACCCGUGGUCGCCGCGGAGGUCAUUUUCUGCUGAGGUCAGUCAUGUGGACCACUCUCUCCCCAACCCCAGCUGGAGCAAGGACAUGAGACUUCUCUUUGACCAGUUCAUGAAGAAAAGUGAAGAUGGCUCUUGGCAACGUUUGCCUUCAUAUAAAAGUAAAUUUUCUCCAAAGACUGAAGAGCAGAUGAAAGUCUUUUUUUCUGACGCAAAGCCUAUAAAAGAACAAAGGUCACAGCCCCAGCUCUUUCCCAGAAACUUUGAGGAAGGCCUGGGCUUUGAAUAUGUAAUGUUUCAUAAUCAUGCUGAAGACAAGACAGUUUGCAUAUUUCAAGGAGGUCCUUACCUACAAGGAGCACCUGGAUUCCUUCACGGAGGUGCUAUCGCAACCAUGAUCGACUCUACUUUUGGUAUAUCUGCUCUCAUAGUCGGGGGGAUUGUCAUGACCGCCAGUCUCAACAUCAAUUUUAAAAGACCUAUCCCCCUUUAUUCUGUUGUUGUGAUAAAUAGCCAAGUUGAUAAAGUUGAAGGGAGGAAAUUGUUUCUCUCUUGUAAUGUCCAAAGUGUGGAUGAGAAGACCCUGUACUCGGAGGCAACAAUUAGGGAGAGUGGGCAUGGUAGGCUUGGAUUGACCUGGAGACUGCAGCGACGAAUGGCCGUGAGGGCCCAGGCACCAUGUUGGAGCCUGAGUGGAGUGGGGAGGGUGUCCCCACAGGCAGGUGUCCAGUGCACAAUGUCAGAGCCCAAGUAAGGUUUAUUUGUAAAGCUGGAUCCUAAAAAAAGCUUGACAUAAAAGAGCUACUGGUGGAUUCGACACCUGUCUGUGUUAGGCUCCCCCUCCUCCAGAAGAAGCUGUGGUGCCCUGCUGCUCUGCUCACCUGCUGAUGAGUCCCCCUCCCUCGCCCCCAAUCCUGGUCUUCCUGAGUGCAUCUUCAGAAUACAGCUGUGGGAGCUCGGUUGCCAUCGUCUGAACUCUAACACAGCAGCGCUUACUUGUAUCUCCUUAGAAUAAGUGUCUGGUUCACGUGACUUUGAAUGGGCUCCUUAAGACGGCACAACCGUGGCGUCUGCCCCAUUACUGCCUGGAGAGAAAACUCACACUGAAACCCUUACCACAAACUUGGACAUGCCAGAAAACCAAAGGAAGGAACGAGUGUGUGUGUGCGUGUAUCUGUAUGUAUGUUAUAAAUUUCAAAGCUUUGUAUAAAUUACACAUCUUUUUGGCUACAGUAGGAAACACAGCUAGUUCCUGUAGGAAUCCCUAAUCCUAGAGAAUAAGCAGCUGUCCCAUUUUUAACGUAAAUUGUCCCUUAUGUCUUACCAACAGUAUAGUUUAUCGUCACUGGAAGGAGCCUGUAUUUCUCUCCUAGGUAUCUUAAUCCAUUCAGGCUGCUACAGCAACACACCACAGACCUAGUAACUCAUACACAACAGAAAUCUUUGCUCACAGCUUUGGAGCCUGGAAAGGCCAGGAUCGAGUUAGCAGCACAGUCACCAUCUGGUGAGGGCUAGCUUGCGGGCUCAUAGCUGGCACCUUCUCACUGUGUCCUCACUUGAUGGAAGGGGCUAGCGAUCUCUAUAGAUCCUCUUCUAUGAGGGCACUAAUCCCAGUCAUGAGGGCUCCACUUUAUUACUUACAGAAUUCACUGUCAUGUGUGCAUUAGAAUUUUAACAUAAGAAGGGGGGGGCGGGGCACAAACAUACAGACUGUAGCAUUAGCGCCGUCCCAGCAAAGUACCAUACACUGGGUGGUUUGAAACAACAGGAACUCCUUGCCUCACAGUUCUGGGAAGAGAAGUCUAGAGUCCCCGUUUCUACAAGGCCGAGCUCCCUCUCAAAGCUCUAGGGAAGGAAUUUCUCAAGUCUCUCUUCUACCCACUGGUAGCUUCAGGCACUUUGACUUGUACAUGCAUCACUCCUGCCUUCACAUGUGUCCUUACAUCAUCUUCCCUCUGAGCACAUCUGUCCACAUUUCCCCUAAGGACACCACUCAUUGGUAGGGCCCACACUAAUGACUUCAAUUCGACUUCAUUACCCCUAUAAACACCCCAUUUCCAAAUAAGCUCACAGUAUCACAUUAUCAGGAUUUGGACUUCUAACAUAUCUUUUGAAAUUAAGACAAAGUUCAACCCCUAACUGAACUUUAGACAAGAUGAAUUGGGAGAUAUUCUAGGGAACAUACUCUGCGUCUAAUAGAGUGAAUAGAAUCUAUUGUGGA